AGCUAGCACAGACCUGGCUGUCUGGUGCCAGGAGAGGAGAUGGAGGCUGUAGGAUCCACCUCUGGCCCAGCAGGUAAAGGGAUAAAACAACCACAAAAGAUUAAAGCUGGCAGGAAAAGACUGCAUCCAUGGCUGCUCUGUGGCAAUGCCAUGGAUUGAGGGAAAAGUCCCUGUGUGUGCACUGGCUGUUGAGGUCACCAAGGCAGCUUCCCUGGAUACCUGCACUCCUCAAGGCCCACGCACAUCUAGUUUCAAAGCCUAUCUGUAGUCAGUUUUGCACUGUAAAGUGUCUUUGUUUAGUCAACAGAACCACUAAUACAUGUGAUUUUGUUGUUAAUAGAGCUUUAAGAAUUUUAAGUACCUCUUGGGAAUGUGUCAUUUUUGGUUGGCUUUUUCAGGCAUCACAGGGCGCUACGUUUGUCUUUGUAAACAAGCGCUGAAUAAAACAUUUAGCACACAGCCGCACUUUGUACAAGUGUCAUGCAGGUUUCUAAAGUUUCAGAAAGAAUAAAUCAACUGCAAACUGCUGCCUGGCAGUUGACUUCACUCCUUAUAAAUAGCUAAUUUGGACAACUUCCCUCUGCACGUCCCAUGAAAUUCAAAUACUGUGUAUAUGGUUAAUGCAGGCACACAAAUCAGAGCUGCAGCAGCCCCUUUGAUCAGCCUGGGUUGCUACAGAAAUGCCACGGCGAGGGGCAGAUCGGCUCCAGGUUGCCCUCCCUUUCUCCUGGAGGUGAUCCCGGGGAGCACCAGCAGGUCAUUGUGCUCUGCUGCCUGGCCCCAUGGUGACCCAGUUCACUGCCGGCUGGACUGGUUGGCAGCCAUCAUUGCUCAUUGCUCAGGGGAGAAUUAGGUCCAAACUCAGCCAUGAAAAACAACCCUGGAUUUAUAAACCCAGUGGAAAAAAGUAAGGGCUGACUCUGGCUUUGCAGCUCUCGGCACUGGGCAUGGGGUGGGUGCACACCCUUCCCUCCUACCCAGGCACAGUGCUGCUGAUCCAGCCUUGCAGAACCUCCAUGUGGGAUGCAAACUUACCUGAUCCUCCCAGGAGGCUCUCAGCAACACACAGGAUCCAUCCAAGCUACUCCAAAACUCAGCCCAGAGGCCCUAAUCCUGGAAGGUGCUGAGCAACUCAGACUUCUGCCACUCACCUCUGAAUUUUGGCACGUGUUCAGCACAAGCAGGAUCAGUCCCUUGCUGUAAUAAUCAGGGAAUGAGGAACUCAGCUUGACCGAGUUUCCCUCCCACACCCCAACGCAAAAAUGCUGUACAUUCCUUUAUGCAGGUUUCCAUAGAAAUAUUUUUUUGUUGUUGCUGUUAAAGGGGUCAGCAAUGCACUGUACAAUGGGAUCUAGCUGUCAGGAAAUAUGGAGGAAUUCAGGGACACUUUUAACAUCUUCCUGGUGUGACUGGAAGGCAGCAUUAAACUUAGCAUCAUGGAAAUCUCCCAACCAAAGAGAAGAAAAAAGUCCAGAAGAGCCCCAGUAGAAGUUAUGAAGACAUUCUGCUUUGUUGAUCCUAAUUUUAAAUAAGUUAUUUCUUCCCUACUUCCUUUGUUAAAAUAUGAUAUUCUGGCUUUAAUUGCUUCAAUCCUAUUAUUUGUUCCUUUUAGCAAGUGAUUGUGUAGCCCCUUGCUGUGGGGAAAUCCCCUGACUGCGGGUCCGUGUUACUUAGACAAGUCCCCUUUCAGAACUAAAUGCCAUUCUUAGCAUAGGGAAGUACUUUAGGUCUAAAGGGGUUAAGAAGGCCUCCCUGCAUUCAGAAACAUGCAGGGGUCCCACCAUGCCAGUUCCAGCCUUUUGAACUCUUUCCAGCUUUUUUUUCUUGCAACAAAUCUGUCUGACUGCCACCAGGACAUAGGAAGCGUGUGCCUGUCAAAGAAAUCAAGUUUACUUUUUCUGACUUGUUAACAGAGGCAGGGUAUAAAUAGAGCUAACUCUGCUCGCACAAGUAGUGUUUCUCUUAAAAUAAGGGGGUGACUUCCUAGGACCUUUAAUCCAAUGAGGUCCAGACCAAACUGCACUAUCGACAGAGGCAGCAGAGGAGCCUGCUGAAGUUUUUACCGAAGUCAGGUGCAUCUGGGUUCCUCAAAAACUUAAGGCUUACCAAAAAAAAAAAAAAAAAAAAAAAAAAAAAAAGAGCAACCCCAAGAGAACAAGAACUGCUUCAAGCUCGGACACUGCCCUGGAGAAGUUCUGAGAUGUUGUUGGUACUGUUCAGUCGGUGGAUGUGGAUCUUGCUGGGGAAGAGCACUGUCCUCUUGCUUCUGGAGGUGUCUCUGAAAGGGAGAGCCCUACCUCCAAUCCGCUACUCCCACGCUGGGAUAUGCCCCAAUGACAUGAACCCCAACCUGUGGGUCGAUGCUCAGAGCACCUGCAAGAGGGAAUGCGACGCUGACCUGGAGUGUGAGACCUUUGAGAAGUGCUGCCCCAAUGUCUGUGGAACCAAGAGCUGUGUGGCCGCUCGUUACAUGGACAUCAAGGGGAAAAAGGGGCCUGUGGGGAUGCCCAAAGAGGCAACCUGUGACCGCUUCAUGUGCAUCCAGCAAGGCUCAGAGUGUGACAUCUGGGACGGGCAGCCCGUCUGCAAGUGCAAGGACAGGUGUGAGAAGGAACCGAGCUUCACCUGUGCCUCUGAUGGGCUCACCUACUACAACAAGUGCUACAUGGAUGCAGAGGCCUGUAUCAAGGGCAUAACACUGAACGUGGUCACCUGUAGGUACCAUCUCACCUGGCCAAACACCAGCCCUAUCCCCCCAGAAACAACAGCUCGCCCUACCACCGCCUACUCCGAGACAACAGUCGUUGAUAUCUUGCCACCUGUGCUGGUGAACAACCCUGUCCAGCAGUCUGUCUAUGUAGGAGAGACUGUCAGCUUCCUCUGCGAUGUCACAGGGAGACCCAAGCCAGAAAUCACAUGGGAGAAGCAGGUGGAUGGGAAGGACAAAGUCAUCAUGAAGCCAAACCACGUCAGAGGGAACGUGGUGGUCACCAACAUCGCCCAGCUGGUCAUCUACAACACGCAGCUUCAGGAUGCAGGAAUCUACACCUGCACUGCCCAGAACAGCGGUGGCCUCCUCCAGGUGGAUUUCCCUUUGUCAGUCAUCAGAGGAGAGCCCACAUCCAAGGAAGCUUCCCAGAACAAAACACAUUUUCCCACCGAUGAGUGCCUGAAGCAGCCAGACAGUGAAGACUGUGGGGAAGAGCAGACCAGGUGGUACUAUGAUGCCAAGAAAAACAACUGCUUUACUUUCAUCUAUGGGAACUGCAACAGCAACCUCAACCACUUUGAGACCUAUGAGCGUUGCAUGCUAACGUGCAUGAACGGCCCCAUCAACACCUGCAACCUGCCAGCCCUUCAAGGCCACUGCAAGGCCUAUGAGCCCAGGUGGGCCUACAACAGCUUGACAAAGCAGUGCCAGUCCUUCAUCUAUGGCGGGUGCGGAGGCAAUGAGAACAACUUUGAGAGCCGGGAGGCCUGCGAGGAGAUGUGCCCCUUCCCGAAGAACACGCACUGCAAGGCCUGCAAGCCCCGCCAGAAGCUGGUGACCAGCUUCUGCAAAAGUGACUUUGUCAUCCUGGGCCGCAUUACGGAGCUGACCGAAGACCAGGACUCGGGACACGCCCUGGUGACGGUGGAGGAGAUUCUCAAGGAUGAAAAAAUGGGAUUAAAAUUCCUGGGGAAGGAACCACUGGAAAUCACGCUUUUGAACAUGGACUGGAGCUGCCCGUGUCCCAACAUGACCACAGUGGAUGGCCAGCUGAUCAUCAUGGGGGAUGUCCACAAUGGCAUGGCUGUCCUACAGCCAGACAGCUUCGUGGGCACCUCCAGCAUCCGGCGCGUGCGCAAGCUCCGCGAAGUCAUCCACAAGAAAACCUGUGAGCUUUUGAAAGAGUUCCUGGGAUUGCAUUAACCUCCCUCAUACGUGUGAGCUGCCCUGAUCCAUGUGUUAGUAGGGCUAACAAGUGCUAGGCUAGAGCCAAACUAAACACACUGUUUAGGAGGAAGGAAGAUACACUGUAGGAGUUAUGCAGAACCCCUAUUUUAAUCCAUUAAUGAUGCUUAGCAACAACAUAGUUUGGUCUUUGGCAGGCAUGUAAACCAGCAGCAAAAGGCCAUUAAUCUUGCAUUGAAAUCAAUUUGUCCAUAUAGGAGUGCCAUUUAACUAGGUGACUCACUUCAGUAAUUAUACAAUUUUUAUCUAGCUUCCAUCAUAAAUGACAGAAUUCAUAGCAUUUGUUUGGCUAGUUGGUACACAGCUAAGAAAUACGUAAUGUCAAUUUAAUCUCUCAUUUUCAGUCAGGUUUGUCAUUGUAAGUCACACACGGCUCCUUAUAGCAGCACUAAUAUUUCAAGAGAAAAGCCUGUAAAUUAUUGUCUAUAUUUACAAUUGUGCGCAUUUAACCAACCUACACAUUAUGAGUUUGCUUCUUUUAAUUGCAAUUUUCCUUUUUUUUUCCUUUUAAGAACCUCAUUUUUAAAUGGCAACUACUACCUAUCUUGCAAUCCUUACUGGAGGAGAAACUCCCUUGGUUCUGUGCCCAGGACAACAGGUCCCUAUAAAAGCUCAAGGCACAGUCUCACCCUGAAAUGACAUUUCUGUCACCAGAAAAAGGUCAGCAAACACCCUCGUUCCCUAUUUAAGUUUCAAUCAAUAUAAUGUCUAUCACAAAAAGUCCAAACCAGGACAGCAGUGUGCUGCCAGCUGUCUUGCUUUUGAAAAGCCUUUACACCUGAGUAUACACAGCGAUUUAUUGCUUAUUUUCAGUAUCAAUCCUGCUUUUAUAGACGAGAGAGCAAAGUAAGAGGAGUCAGAACAAAAUUCAGCCUAGGAAAGUGAGAUACACAAUCUGCAAACUGCAUUAGGCAGACACAAAGCUCCUGAAUCUGAACUGCACAAACAUAAGCAGACAAAGUGGACACUUUCAAGACCUUUUUAGAGUCUUUCAAACCUCAGAACACACUUUCCACCAGGCCACUGUAUAUAGGUGUAUGAAUGAAUUCCCUAAGACAGCCAGCACAGGCUGUGGGUGGGCGCAGGUGAAUACACAUAGGAUAAAUAAUUUUAACAUUUGUGUGUCCAAAAAAUGUAACAUUUGCCUAUAAAAAAAUCCUUAAAUAAAGAAAAGGCUGAUCCUGGAAACAUCCUGCGGUGCUGAGGAGUGUGAUUGCAGGGAUGAGGGGUGAACACGGCACAGUGAGCCUUGUCACUGCUCCUUGUUCUGUGGGCUCAGCCAAGUGACUGUGGCAGAGCUCAGAGCUUGCUGCCCUGCACAAAGGGCCUGUUGAGGGCUGGAGCAGUGUCAAGACAUGUCUGGGUGAGAAGGAAAGGAGGAAGGGAGGCAGGAAGGUGCAGGCAGUGCUGCCCCAUGGUGCCAUCUAACGGGCUUGCUGCGGGGCAGCCGAGGCUGGCAGGGGAACACCUGUGUCUCUGCAGGCCUGUGGCAAGGGCUGGGGAAGGAGAUUAAACAGGCAGAUGUUGGAUAUCUGCACACCCCCCCAAAGCCUGUGCAUGUUGAGUGUUUGGUAAUUGCAGGGAGGAAAACUCACAGCAAGAGAAACAGCAUCGGAUGUGAGUCCAGCUCUGCUUCCCCUGAUUCCACACUCUGCACCAGCAGCCAAGCCAUGGGUAGAGACCACUGCAGGAUGGAGAACUGGGCUCCUCUCCCUGUGGUUUGGGCUUGGGUUAUUUCUGAAGUGUUCCUGCAACUGGAAUGGAUCUAAAUCUCCAGUUAUUUGGAUAAUUUCACAAGAAGCUGAGUGGGAGGGAGAGAGAGGAGUCUGGACCAGGCUUUGCUGACCAAGAAAAUACCUGCUGGGUUUUUCGUUGUACCUUUCCUAAGUGUAUGUGAUAAAACCUCCAAUUAAAGGCCCAUAAUGU